AUGGUGUGCACCAGGAAAACCAAAACUUUAGUGUCCACUUGCGUGAUUUUGAGUGGAAUGACUAACAUCGUCUGCCUGCUGUACGUGGGCUGGGUCACCAACUACAUUGCCAGUGUUUAUGUGAAAGUGCAGGAGCCGAUCUCAGAAAAAAAGUUAGAGGAAGACAAAGGGGACACUUUAAGGAUUAUAGAAAGGCUGGACCAUUUGGAAAAUGUCAUCAAGCAGCACAUCCAAGCUGCCCCAGGGAAAGAAGAGGAGGCUGAGGGGAGACCUUUUACUGAGUCNUUUCUCUUUGCUCACUGGGGCCAGGAUCUCAGUCCUGAAAACAGACGUAUCGCACUCAAACAGUUCCAGUAUUACGGCUACAACGCUUACCUGAGCGACCGCUUGCCACUGGACCGGCGCCUGCCUGACCUCAGGCCUAACGGGUGCAGAAACCUUACAUUUCCUGACCGGCUUCCUGAGGUCAGCAUUGUAUUCAUAUUUGUUAAUGAAGCUCUCUCAGUGAUUCUGCGCUCCAUUCAUUCAGCCAUUGACCGGACUCCUGCUCACCUGCUCAAAGAGAUUAUUUUAGUUGAUGAUAACAGUAAUAAUGAAGAACUCAAGGAGAAACUGAACAAGUAUGUUGAUGAAGUGAAUGCCCGUAAGCCUGGUUUCAUCAAGGUGGUUCGACACAGCAAACAAGAGGGGCUGAUUCGAUCUCGAGUUAGUGGAUGGAGAGUAGCCACAGCACCAGUAGUCGCUCUGUUUGAUGCCCAUGUGGAAUUUAAUGUGGGAUGGGCUGAACCAGUGCUUGCUAGGAUAAAAGAAAACAGAAAAAGAGUAAUUUCGCCAUCAUUUGAUAACAUUAAGUAUGAUAAUUUUGAAAUAGAGGAGUAUCCCCUCUCUGCGCAGGGGUUUGACUGGGAGCUGUGGUGCCGAUAUCUGAACCCUCCUAAGUCAUGGUGGAAACUGGAGAACACAACUGCUCCAAUAAGAAGUCCUGCAUUGAUUGGAUGCUUCAUAGUAGAUAGAGAAUAUUUCCAAGAGAUUGGCUUACUGGAUGAAGGCAUGGAAGUAUAUGGGGGAGAGAACGUGGAGCUGGGAAUCAGGGUAUGGCAAUGUGGAGGAAGUGUUGAGGUUCUCCCUUGCUCCAGGAUUGCCCACAUUGAAAGAGCACAUAAACCAUACACAGAAGAUCUCACUGCUCAUGUCCGGAGAAAUGCACUAAGGGUGGCUGAAGUCUGGAUGGAUGAAUUUAAGAGCCAUGUCUAUAUGGCGUGGAACAUACCCCAGGAGGACUCCGGAAUUGAUAUUGGUGAUAUUUCUGAGAGGAAGGCCUUGAGGAAAAAGCUCCAGUGCAAGACCUUUAGGUGGUAUCUUGUCAGCGUGUAUCCAGAAAUGAGAAUGUAUUCAGAUACUGUCGCCUAUGGGGUGCUGCAGAAUUCCCUGAAAAGUGAUUUGUGCCUUGAUCAAGGGCCAGACACGGAGAAUAUUCCAAUCAUGUAUAUCUGCCAUGGAAUGACACCACAGAAUGUUUAUUACACAAGCAAUCAGCAGCUCCAUGUGGGUGUUCUGAGUCCCACUAUCGACGAUGAUGACAACAGAUGCCUGGUGGAUGUGAACAGCAGGCCCAGGCUCAUUGAAUGCAAUUAUGCCAAAGCCAAGAGAAUGAAGCUUUACUGGCAGUUUACUCAGGGAGGUCCAAUCCAGAACCGAAAAUCCAAGCGUUGCCUGGAAUUGCAGGAAAACAAUGAAAAUGAAUUUGGAUUUCAACUCGUCCUUCAGAAAUGCACUGGACAACGUUGGUCUAUAACAAAUGUCCUGAAAAGCUUGUCAUCAUAGCAGACUAAAUUUUUUUACCCAUUUAUUUUGCUACUGUGUAGCAAAUAUUGCAUUGUUGCCUGCUGUACUGUAUUCCUCUCACCCUUCCACCCGCCCUGGUUCCUUCUCUCCUCUUUUUUGUCCUUUUGAUUUUAUUUUGUGAGUGUGUGGAAAUUGGGUUUGUGGGCUGAAAAUAAGACAUUUUUAUUUCACAAUGAUGUUUUCAUGGCAUUUAUAGAGACGUUGAAUGACAGGUGAUGGGUAGGCUAUCCUAAAAUAUUUUACAACUGUAAAUAGGAAAAAAAUGGAGAAUAUUUAUAACUCAAACUUUUAUUGAAUAAAAAAGUCCAAAUGCUA